CUUUGACCUCACCUGCCUGAUCAGAUGGUGUUUCCUAAAAUCAAUCAUGGGUUUCUCUCUGCUGAUCAGCAGCUCAUUAAACGCCGCCUCAUUAAGGGGGACCAAGGACAAGCUGGACCCCCUGGACCUCCAGGGCCACCAGGACCCAGAGGUCCCCCAGGAGAUACUGGCAAAGAUGGUCCUCGAGGGAUGCCUGGCAUUCCGGGUGAGCCAGGAAAGCCAGGUGAACAAGGGUUGGCAGUAAGUACUCUUCCAGUUUGCUAA